AUGGCAGACUCCCAUAAACGCCCUCGCUCGGCGUCUGGCUCGUCAGCUUCGUCCGACUCGUUGUCUGCGCCGCCCUCUCCCUCGACCAAGGUCUACCGGUCGUCGUCCCCCUCACAAAGUGCCGCAACAGGUCGCAGUGGACCUGCACGCUCCCGCCCACGUGCGACCGCACCCCCUCGACCUUCUCCUCCUCCUCCUCCCUCGAAGCGCACCACCGCGUCUACCAUGCCUUCGUACAGGGAGGACGGGAGGAAGGAGAGGAUUUGCGGCAGGGUCUUUCCGGACGAGAGGAUGUUGCAGCUGCAUUUGACGGAAUGUCACGAUGAGCUUGCGCAGCUCAAGCACGAGCGAGGGGAUAAGAUCUUCGCCUGCUUCCUCCCUUCCUGCACCCAACUCUUCUCCACCCCGAAGAACCGCCGACUCCACCUCAUCGCUCAGCACGGUUACCCCUCGCAGUACUACUUCUCGGUCACGGUCUGGGGCGUCGAGAACGUGCUGAAGAAGGGUGGAGGGAUGGUUAGGCGGGAGUGGAAGCCGCGAGACGGGCAGGAACGAGGGAGAGGAAGCUCGGAGGAGGCGAUGGGAUUGCCGCCUUCCCCUGCGCAGGAGCGGCACCAAUCGCCGCCGCACCUCGAACCGUCUCCGCCUCCAAUCGUCACCUCGUCCGCCGAUGUCGACGACCUCGCUGCCGCGCUCUCCGGCACGAGCAUCUCGCUUGUACCCCGUUCGGUCCGCCUCGCAUGCAAGAAUAAAAUGCAGAUGUAG